AUGUCUUCCAUCCCAACCCAACCCGCAAAAAUCUUGAGUCAGAAAACUCAUCAAGUCGCAGGCCGUCUGAGCAUCACAGAACACUUCUUCAGCGUCCCCAAAGACCACACGCACCCGGAAAACGGCACAAUCAACCUCUUCGCCCGCAGCGUCCGCAAACACGAAAACCCCAUCUUCCCCAAACCCUCCCCCUCCCCGCCGGAUCCUCUCCCCUGGCUCUGUUACUUCCAAGGCGGUCCGGGAAUGUCCUGUCGCCCACCGCAACACUACCCGUGGACAGAGAAAUUCCUGGAAGCGGGAUACCAACUUUUGUAUUUAGAUCAACGAGGAACCGGGUUGUCGACUCCCGUCACGGCUUCGACGUUGCAGAUGCGUGGGUAUGAAGAUGUACAGGCGCAGUAUCUCAAGUUUUAUAGAGCGGAUAGUAUUGUGAGGGAUGCGGAGGCGAUACGCCAGGUUUUGACGGAGGGGUAUGCGGUGGAGAAGAGGAGGUGGAGUAUAAUGGGGCAGAGUUUUGGGGGGUUUUGUAGUAUUACGUAUCUCUCCUUCUACCCGCAAGGUCUGCGCGAAGCCUUCAUUUUUGGUGGACUUCAACCUCUUGUGAAGAAUCCGGAUGAAGUUUAUCGCCACUGUUACCGGAAAGUCGCGGAGCGGAAUCGAGCUUACUACAACAAAUAUCCUGAAGACGUCGAGCGCGUGCACCUGAUCAUGCGCUACCUUUCGCGGUUCGGUGAUGGAACGAUCAAGCUACCUUCCGAAGGCAAUCUCACUCGUCGCAGGUUCCGAGCGAUGGGAAUAAAUCUCGGUGCACACGGGGGACUUGAUUCGAUCCACGAUGUUGUGUUGCGCGCGAGCAGCGAUAUCGAGGCAUUCGGACACAUUACAAGAGGAUCUUUGUCGGCCAUCGAUCAUAUGACUUCGUACGAUGACAAUCUCUUGUACGCGAUUCUUCACGAGCCAAUUUAUUGCGAGGGCCAAGCGCCAAAUUGGUCGGCGCAGAGGGUGCUUGAAGAAUAUCCAGAGUUUAAUAUCGAUACCGAAGGGCCAGUGCUGUUUACGGGCGAAAUGAUCUAUCCUUGGAUGUUUGAGGACUAUUCCGAACUUCGGAAAGUGCAAGAUGUUGCGAAUCGUGUCGCUGCAGAUGCGGAGUGGCCGGCGCUUUUCGAUGAGCAGCAAUUGGCGAAGAACGAGGUCCCAGUCUAUGCGGCGAGCUAUCUUGAGGACAUGUAUGUGGCAUCGGAUCUGGCUCUUGAGACGGCGAAGAAGAUCAAGGGCUGCAAGGUGUUUACGACCAACGUCAUGUUCCACGAUGCUGUGAGGUCGAAAAUGGAUGAGGUGGUCGGUCAGGUGUUGAAGCUUCGAGAUGACAUCGUGGACUGACGAUAUGCGGUUCUGGAGGUUCCUUUCUGAGUGUCGCUUCUUCCUCACUCAUAUAGUAGACAUCGUGACAUCUUCAUUUUUGCUUCGUUCAUCCGUCUAGCCGCACUCCUUGCGCUCUCGCAGUCUUGAAAAUCCAUUCCACAAUCGGAGUAACAUCCGCCUUCUUAAUAGGGACUCUGUGAUUGCCGUCCCACUCCAUGACGUCGUUGGUCUUGGGAUCGCAGUACUGGUUCAACAGCUUCCUAUGAAGAUGCAAACCGGGAUCUGCCAGGCCAUGAUAAUGCAAAGCAGGCAGCUUCAAGAUAUGCGGACUCUUGCCAUCAAAUUGGAAGCCCUCGCUCAUGCCGCCAGCAGUAACACAGGCAUCGCCUUUGGUGUGCUCCGAGAACGAAACCAGCGGACUCCUUCCAGCAAGAAGCACAGCAAACUUGUAAUCUGUAAAACAGUCAUCACCCUUCUCUUUCCGAAUCUGUUGAUCAUACAACAGACUCGCAGAAAGUUUCGCACCCUGACUAAAUCCUAUCAAUCCAACCCAAGGUCCCGUCCCUUCAUCAUCACGUUUACAAGUAUCGAUACUAUACAAAAUCUCCUCGAU